AUGGACGUGGUCGUGGACGUGGUCGUGGACCUUGACGUGGACGUGGACGUGGACGUGGACGUGGUCGUGGACGUGGACGUGGACGUGGUCGUGGACGUGGACGUGGACGUGGACGUGGACGUGGACGUGGUCGUAGACGGGGACGUGGACGUGGACGUGGACGUGGUCGUGGACGUGGACGUGGACGUGGACGUGGAGGUGGAGGUAGACGUGGACGUGGACGUGGACGUGGACGUGGACGUGGACGUGGACAUGAAAGUGGACGUGGACGUGGACGUGGACGUGGACGUGGACGUGGACGUGGACAUGGACGUGGACGUGGACGUGGAUGUGGACAUGGACGUGGACAUGGACGUGGACAUGGAUGUUGACGUGGACAUGGACGUGGACGUGGACGUGGACGUAGACAUGGACAUGGACGUGGACGUGGACGUGGACGUGGACAUGGACGUGGACGUGGACAUGGACGUGGAAGUGGACGUGGACGACGUGGACCUGGACGUGGACGUGGACGUGGAGAUGGAGGUGGACGUGGACGUGGACGUGGACGUGGUCGUGGACGUGGACGUGGACGUGGAGGUGGACGUGGACGUGGACGUGGACGUGGACGCGGACGUGGACGUGGUCGUGGACGUGGACGUGGACGCGGACGUGGACGUGGUCGUGGACGUGGUCGUGGACGCGGACGUGGACGCGGACGUGGACGUGGACGUGGUCGUGGACGUGGAGGACGUGGACAUGGACGUGGACGUGGACGUGGAGAUGGACGUGGACGUGGAGAUGGACGUGGACGUGGACGUGGACGUGGUCGUGGACGUGGACGUGGAGGUGGACGUGGAGAUGGACGUGGACGUGGACGUGGACGUGGACGUGGUCGUGGACGUGGACGUGGACGUGGACGCGGACGUGGACGUGGUCGUGGACGUGGACGUGGACGUGGACGUGGUCGUGGACGUGGAGGACGUGGACAUGGACGCGGACGUGGACGUGGAGAUGGACGUGGACGUGGAGAUGGACGUGGACGUGGUCGUGGACGUGGACGUGGACGUGGAGGUGGACGUGGAGAUGGACGUGGACGUGGACGUGGACGUGGACGUGGUCGUGGACGUGGACGUGGACGUGGACGUGGACGCGAACGUGGACGUGGUCGUGGACGUGGACGCGGACGUGGACGUGGACGUGGACGUGGACGUGGUCGUGGACGUGGAGGACGUGGACAUGGACGUGGACGUGGACGUGGAGAUGGACGUGGACGUGGAGAUGGACGUGGACGUGGACGUGGACGUGGUCGUGGACGUGGACGUGGACGUGGAGGUGGACGUGGAGAUGGACGUGGACGUGGACGUGGACGUGGACGUGGUCGUGGACGUGGACGUGGACGUGGACCUGGACAUGGACGUGGACCUGGACCUGGACGUGGACGUGGUCGUGGACGUGGACGUGGACGUGGACGUGGACGUGGACAUGGACGUGGACGUGGACGUGGACGUGGACGUGGACGUGGACGUGGUCGUGGACGAGGUCGUGGACGUGGACGUGGACGUGGACGUGGACAUAGACGUGGACGUGGACGUGGACGUGGAUGUGGACCUGGACGUGGACGUGGACGUGGUCGUGGACGUGGACGUGGACGUGGACGUGGACGUGGACAUUGACGUGGACGUGGUCGUGGACGUGGUCGUGGUCCUGGACGUGGACGUGGACGUGGACGUGGACGUGGACCUGGAGGUGGACGUGGACGUGGACGUGGACGUGGUCGUGGACGUGGACGUGGACGUGGACGUGGACUUGGACGUGGACGUGGACAUGGACGUGGACGUGGACGUGGAAGUGGACGUGGACGUGGACGUGGACGUGGACGUGGACAUGGACGUGGACGUGGACGUGGACGUGGACCUGGACGUGGACGGGGACGUGGACGUUGUCGUGGACGUGGUCGUGGACCUUGACGUGGACGUGGACGUGGACGUGGACGUCGUCGUGGACGUGGACGUGGACGUGGACGUGGACGUGGUCGUGGACGUGGACGUGGACGUGGACGUGGACGUGGACCUGGACGUGGACGGGGACGUGGACGUGGACGUGGACGUGGACGUGGACGUGGACCUGGACGUUGACGGGGACGUGGACGUGGUCGUGGACGUGGUCGUGGACCUUGACGUGGACGUGGACGUGGACGUGGACGUGGACGGGGACGUGGACGUGGUCGUGGACAUGGACGUGGACCUGGACGUGGACGGGGACGUGGACGUGGACGUGGACGUGGACCUGGACGUUGACGGGGACGUGGACGUGGUCGUGGACGUGGUCGUGGACCUUGACGUGGACGUGGACGUGGACGUGGACGUGGACGUGGACGGGGACGUGGACGUGGACGUGGACCUGGACGUGGACGGGGACGUGGACGUUGUCGUGGACGUGGUCGUGGACCUUGACGUGGACGUGGACGUGGACGUGGACGUGGUCGUGGACGUGGACGUGGACGUGGACGUGGACGUGGACGGGGACGUGGACGUGGUCGUGGACGUGGACGUGGACCUGGACGUGGACGUGGACGUGGACCUGGACGUGGACGGGGACGUGGACGUGGACGUGGACGUGGACGUGGACCUGGACGUGGACGGGGACGUGGACGUGGUCGUGGACGUGGUCGUGGACCUUGACGUGGACGUGGACGUGGACGUGGACGUGGUCGUGGACGUGGACGUGGACGUGGACGUGGUCGUGGACGUGGACGUGGACGUGGACGUGGACGUGGUCGUAGACGGGGACGUGGACGUGGACGUGGACGUGGUCGUGGACGUGGACGUGGACGUGGACGUGGACGUGGUCGUGGACGUGGACGUGGACGUGGACGUAGAUGUGGACCUGGACGUGGACGUGGACGUGGUCGUGGACGUGGACGUGGACGUGGACGUGGACAUUGACGUGGACGUGGUCGUGGACGUGGUCGUGGUCGUGGACGUGGACGUGGACGUGGACCUGGAGGUGGACGUGGACGUGGACGUGGACGUGGUCGUGGACGUGGACGUGGACGUGGACGUGGACUUGGACGUGGACGUGGACGUGGACUUGGACGUGGACGUGGACGUGGACGUGGACGUGGACGUGGACGUGGUCGUGGACAUGGACGUGGACCUGGACGUGGACGUGGAGGUGGACGUGGACGUGGACUUGGACGUGGACGUGGACGUGGAGAUGGACGUGGAUGUGGACGUGGACGUGGACGUGGACAUGGACGUGGACGUGGACGUGGACGUGGACAUGGACGUGGACGUGGACAUGGACAUGGACGUGAACAUGGACAUGGACGUGGACAUGGACGUGGACGUGGACGUGUACAUGGACGUGGACGUGGACAUGGACGUGGACAUGGAUGUUGACAUGGACGUGGUCGUGGACGUGGACGUGGACGUGGACGUGGACAUGGACGUGGUCGUGGACGUGGACGUGGACCUGGACAUGGACGUGGACGUGGACCUGGACGUGGACGUGGACGUGGUCGUGGACGUGGACGUGGACGUGGACGUGGACGUGGACGUGGACAUGGACGUGGACGUGGACGUGGACGUGGACGUGGACCUGGACGUGGACGUGGACGUGGACGUGGACGUGGACGUGGUCGUGGACGUGGACGUGGACGUGGACAAGGACGUGGACCUGGUCGUGGACGUGGACGUGGACGUGGACGUGGACGUGGACGUGGACGUGGACCUGGACGUGGUCGUGGACGUGGACGUGGACGUGGACGUGAACGUGGACGUGGACGUGGACGUGGACGUGGACAUGGACGUGGACGUGGACGUGGACGUAGACGUGGUCGUGGACGUGGACGUGGACGUGGACAUGGACGUGGACGUGGACGUGGACGUGGACGUGGACCUGGUCGUGGACGUGGACGUGGAUGUGGACGUGGACGUGGACGUCGACAUGGACGUGGACGUGGACGUGGACGUGGACGUGGACGUGGACAUGGACGUGGACGUGGACGUGGACCUGGACGUGGACGUGGACGUGGACGUGGACGUGGACGUGGACGUGGACAUAGACGUGGACGUGGACGUGGACGUGGAGGUGGACGUGGAGGUGGAGGUGGACGUGGACGUGGACGUGGACGUGGACGUGGACGAGGACGUAGACGUGGACGUGGACGAGGACGUGGACAUGGACGAGGAUUUGGACGUGGACGUGGACGUGGACGUGGACGUGGACGUGGACGUGGACGUGAACGUGGACGUGGACGUGGACGUGGACAUGGACGUGGACGUGGACGUGGACGUGGACGUGGACGUGGACGUGGACGUGGACGUGGACGUGGACAUGGUCGUGGACGUGGACGUGGACGAGGACAUGGACGUAGAGGUGGACGUGGACGUGGACGUGGACGUGGACGUGGAGGUGGAGGUGGACGUGGACGUGGACGUGGACGUGGACGUGGACAUAGAAGUGGACGUGGACGUGGACGUGGACGUGGACGUGGACGUGGACAUGGACGUGGACGUGGACGUGGAUGUGGACAUGGACGUGGACAUGGACGUGGACAUGGACGUUGACGUGGACAUGGACGUGGACGUGGACGUUGACGUGGACAUUGACGUGGACGUGGACGUGGACGUGGACAUGGUCGUGGACGUAGACGUGGACGUGGACGUGGACGUGGACGUGGACAUGGACGUGGACAUGGACAUGGACGUGGAAGUGGACGUGGACAUGGACGUGGACGUGGACAUGGACGUGGACGUGGACGUGGACGACGUGGACCUGGACGUGGACGUGGACGUGGAGAUGGAGGUGGACGUGGACGUGGACGUGGACGUGGUCGUGGACGUGGACGUGGACGUGGAGGUGGACGUGGACGUGGACGUGGACGUGGACGUGGACGCGGACGUGGACGUGGUCGUGGACGUGGACGUGGACGCGGACGUGGACGUGGUCGUGGACGUGGUCGUGGACGCGGACGUGGACGCGGACGUGGACGUGGUCGUGGACGUGGAGGACGUGGACAUGGACGUGGACAUGGACGUGGAGAUGGACGUGGACGUGGAGAUGGACGUGGACGUGGACGUGGUCGUGGACGUGGACGUGGAGGUGGACGUGGAGAUGGACGUGGACGUGGACGUGGACGUGGUCGUGGACGUAGACGUGGACGUGGACGCGGACGUGGACGUGGUCGUGGACGUGGACGUGGACGUGGACGUGGUCGUGGACGUGGAGGACGUGGACAUGGACGCGGACGUGGACGUGGAGAUGGACGUGGACGUGGAGAUGGACGUGGACGUGGACGUGGUCGUGGACGUGGACGUGGACGUGGAGGUGGACGUGGAGAUGGACGUGGACGUGGACGUGGACGUGGUCGUGGACGUGGACGUGGACGUGGACGUGGACGCGAACGUGGACGUGGUCGUGGACGUGGACGCGGACGUGGACGUGGACGUGGACGUGGUCGUGGACGUGGAGGACGUGGACAUGGACGUGGACGUGGACGUGGAGAUGGACGUGGACGUGGAGAUGGACGUGGACGUGGACGUGGACGUGGUCGUGGACGUGGACGUGGACGUGGAGGUGGACGUGGAGAUGGACGUGGACGUGGACGUGGACGUGGACGUGGUCGUGGACGUGGACGUGGACGUGGACCUGGACAUGGACGUGGACCUGGACCUGGACGUGGACGUGGACGUGGUCGUGGACGUGGACGUGGACGUGGACGUGGACAUGGUCGUGGACGUGGACGUGGACGUGGACGUGGACGUGGACGUGGACGUGGUCGUGGACGUGGACGUGGACGUGGACGUGGACGUGGACAAGGACGUGGACCUGGUCGUGGACGUGGACGUGGAGGUGGACGUGGACGUGGACGUGGACGUGGACAUGGACGUGGACGUGGACGUGGACGUGGACGUGGACGUGGAGGACUUGGACGUGGACAUGGCCGUGGACGUGGACAUGGACAUGGCCGUGGACGUGGGCUUGGACGUGGACGUGGACAUGGACGUGGACGUGGACGUGGACGUGGACGUGGACAUGGACGUGGACAUGGUCGUGGACGUGGACGUGGACGUGGACGUGGACGUGGACGUGGACGUGGACGUGGACGUGGAGGUGGACGUGGACGUGGACGUGGAGGUGGAGGUGGACGUGGAGGUGGACGUGGACGUGGACGUGGACCUGGUCGUGGACGUGGACGUGGACGUGGACGUAGACGUGGACGUGGACGUGGACGUGGUCGUGGACGUGGACGUGGACGUGGACCUGGACGUGGACGUGGACGUGGACCUGGACGUGGACGUGGACGUGGUCGUGGACGUGGACGUGGACGUGGACGUGGACGUGGACUUGGACGUGGAGGUGGACGUGGACGUGGACGUGGACGUGAACGUGGACGUGGACGUGGACCUGGACGUGGACGUGGACGUGGACGUGGACGUGGUCGUGGACGUGGACGUGGACAAGGACGUGGACCUGGUCGUGGACGUGAACGUGGACGUGGACGUGGACGUGAACGUGGACAUGGACGUGGACAUGGACGUGGUCGUGGACGUGGACGUGGACGUGGACGUGGACCAGGACGUGGACGUGGACGUGGACGUGGACGUGGACGUGGACGUGGACAUGGACGUGGACGUGGACGUGGACGUGGACGUGGACGUGGUCGUGGACGUGGACGUGGACAUGGACGUGGACGUAGACGUGGACGUGGACAAGGACGUGGACCUGGUCGUAGACGUGGACGUGGAUGUGGACGUGGACGUGGACGUGGACAUGGACGUGGACGUGGACGUGGACGUGGAGGACUUGGACGUGGACAUGGCCGUGGACGUGGACCUGGACAUGACCGUGGACGUGGACAUGGACGUGGACAUGGACGUGGACGCGGACGUGGACGUGGACAUGGGCGGGACAUGGUCGUGGAUGUGGUCGUGGACGUGGUCGUGGACGUGGACGUGGACGUGGACAUGGACAUGGACGUGGACGUGGACGUGGACGUGGACAUGGUCGUGGACGUGGACGUGGAUGUGGACGUGGACGUGGACGUGGACGUGGAGGUGGACGUGGACGUGGACGUGGAGGUGGAGGUGGAGGUGGAGGUGGAGGUGGACGUGGACAUGCUCGUGGACGUGGACGUGGACGUGGACGUGGACGUGGACGUGGACGUGGACAUGGACGUGGACGUGGACGUGGACGUGGACGUGGACGUGGUCGUGGACGUGGACGUGGACAUUGACGUGGACGUGGUCGUGGACGUGGACGUGGACGUGGACGUGGACAUGGACGUGGAUGGCACGUGGACGUGGACGUGGACGUGGACGAGGACGUGGACGUGGCCGUGGACGUGGUCAUGGACGUGGUCGUGGACGUGGACGUGGACGUGGACGUGGACGUGGACGUAGACGUGGACGCGGACGUGGACGUGGACGUGGACGUUGA